AUGGAUGUAACUUUUGUGCUGGAGGAUGAGAGAACGUUCUGUAUUGAAGUGAGUGUAUUUGACUCGGUUCUUGAAAUCAAACAAAAAGUGCAGAAGUAUAAGGCCAUUCCCACUUCUUCCCAAACGCUAAUUUUCAACGGUCAAAUUCUUCAAAACGACGACGUCAUCUUCCACACUCAUAUCUCUCAGCAGUCUCGUCUGAAACUCCUAGUUGACCCUGAAUAUUUCGCCAACCGCUCCGUCACGUUGCCGCUGCAGUGCAUUGCCGAAAAGCCGGCAUCAAAUAGAGGCGAGCCAGAAGAGGUGGUGUUAACGAUUUCCCCCGCGCCAUCGGGGACGACAUUACCGCCGUUGUGUUUCGAAGACGAUUCAGCGAGUGCGUUGCCACCGUGGAAUCCAGAGUUUAAACCGGCUCCGCCUCCGCUUCUGCCAACGCCGCCGGCUACAGUCAGGUUAACAGUGAAAAUAGAUGAAUACAGAGCGAGGCCUUUCAUCUUAGAGAUGGAUCUGGACGACACCGUACUGCAGCUGAAGGAGAAGAUUUACAGAAUGAAGAAGACUAGAAACCUAAACCUAAACGAGAUGUCGGUGCAAAUAAAAUCGGGUGAGGAAUUGCGUGACCAAUUGUCGCUGCGAGAUUGCGGGGUGCUAAAUAUGUCAGUUGUUUACGUGCAUAGAAAAUCAGCAGAAGGAGAAGCACCACUGAAAUUUACUAUUCCGGUUGUGACCGCUGAUUGUGUUGGUAGUUUGGCAGCAAAGAUCGUGAAGAUUGCGGUGGUUCCGAAGGACGGAACUCAGAAGGUAGUGAUCGAGGUGAAUUUGUUUAACAGAGUGGAAGGUUUGAGGUACGAGUUGGAGAAAUCUCACAAGCAUGUUCUUCCCGAAAACAAUCGUUAUUUUUUCACUAACAAGAAAAAUGGCCAUGUGAUAACUGAAUCGCAUGCGUUUAACUGGUACGGGAUUAAAGACGGGGACGUCAUAGAAGUCACCCCAGAAUAUGUUUCGGAUGAAUCCAACUCCUGA